AGAGCGGAAGAGGCCCGGGCGGCUGACUGAGGCUCCGCGACUGUCUGGCGGCGAGUCUAGGCCCAGGGGCUGCCCAGAGCCCGGAAUCCUAGAGAGCCAAAACGAACGGAAAGACUUGGAGUUCCGGAGCAGUCUUCGCUGCCGCCACCGCUUCUGCUGCUAUCGUCUCCACCGCCUCCGCUGCCGGAGUACGCGGCCCUGAGAGGCCCCAGGCCUAGGCGCGGCCCGCGGAGCCCGACGUGUUGCUGCCGUGAGUAAAAGGAGCGCCCUCUCCACAGUCGUUUACAAAUUAAAAUGGAGGAAAUUUCGUUGGCUAACCUGGAUACUAACAAGCUAGAGGCCAUCGCUCAGGAGAUAUAUGUAGAUCUGAUAGAGGAUUCUUGUUUGGGAUUCUGCUUUGAGGUGCACCGGGCAGUCAAGUGUGGCUACUUCUACCUGGAGUUCGCAGAGACUGGUAGCGUGAAGGAUUUUGGCAUUCAGCCAGUGGAAGACAAAGGAGCAUGCCGCCUCCCGCUUUGCUCCCUUCCUGGAGAACCUGGGAAUGGGCCUGAUCAGCAGCUGCAGCGCUCACCUCCGGAAUUCCAGUAGCUGCAACAUGAGAGAGUCUUGAGAGUGACCAGGACAAUAAUACAGACUGGUCCUGUGGCUUGGAGGAAUAAGUUAAGUAGGGAAAAAAAAAAUCAUAUAAAAGUCCCAGUUCCCCUUGAAGAUCCUAGCAUUUAAAACCCCAAAGUGGAGAAUUUAGAAAUUUGGAUCCUUUUUUAAGUGUACCUGGGAUCAGCUCUGAAACCCUGAGAAGGAGAAGGUACAAGUCUGGGCACCAUGCAACGUGUAUUGAUCUCUAAACACACCUGGAUGUACACAAGAUCCCUGUAUUGCCCUCAGUCACAGGUGAGCAGUUGUUGGCCCAGCAUAUAAAAUCCUUUUGUUCCUCAAGACUGUCUUGCCUGUUUGAUGUCCGGGGCUUCCUGGACAGUUAAGACAUUAUUGAUGGUCAGACCAUAGUCAGUGGGACUGCUCAUCUGGUGUCUGACCCCUUGAUUUGGGCUUUUCUGAUGCAAAUGAAAGGAGAACUGGAUACUAACAUUAUCAGUAUGGACAACCAAGAAAAAGAAUCUCAGUUGAAUUUGGUAGGGAAGCUCUGUGGCCUUGACUGCAAGAAGAGAAAAUUCAAAACCACCUGUUUUCCAAAGGUCUGGCAUUUGCAAUGAUUUCAGCGAACUUGGGACAAAGCUUAUCCUGCAGCUGAGCAGAGCCCUCUUUCUUUUACCCCCCACCCAGUGACAUAGGUUUGGGGAAGAGCAAUUUGGUUGUCCAGUCAGGCUGAGGAUUCAGUUGUGAGCCUGUGGGGAGGUAGUAGGUACCUUUGCAAGUAUGCACCAUCUCAAAACUGGAAGAUUAUUAUCUGGACGGAUUGUGCUGUGGACAUAAGUUUGGUUAGGUAGUCCUUUCCUACUCUUCUUGGUUAAGUAGCAAGUCCAUGGUUCUGACUUGGUUAAUAUGCCAGGUAACUACUUGCCUCCUACUCCAGGUUUGGGACUGAACUGUAGAAGAGCGUCAUGGCUGUGCAAGAGGCUGUUUGAAAACCGAGACCAGAAAGGACCUCUUCCAGCUGCCUCAAAAAUGUGAAUGGGUUAUUGCUAAAAGCUAAGGAGCAGGACUGCGUAAUCUCUCAUCUGACCAUGUGCAAAAUCUUGUUGAAUGCCCCUGUUCCUUUAGUUGGGCAGUCAGCUCUGCUAUGGUGAACAUCCAGUCACCACCUUCUCUGCCUCUCACAAGGAAUCAGUCCUUUCCACUUUGUCCCCUUUGGACCUUCUUGACAGCAAAAGCUGUUGUUGUUUAAAGAUAGGAAAGGACCUCCAGAACCCCCUGUCUUUAGGGAAUUAGAUAGGGGAGGAUGGGAAGUAAGAGCUGCAUAUCAAAACUGCCUUCUAUUUUACUCCCGGGGCAAGGGUUUAUAAAGUAUAGGAGGGUGGGAAUCCUGAGGUGAGCAGAACGGUGCUGCUUUAUUUGAAAUGUUUUCUUACCUCAUUCUGUGCCCCACUAACAGAGCCCAGCCUCAUCUGUCUGGCUUGGGUCCAUGUUCCUGUCCACUGCUCCACUGCCUAUCUGGUGCAGCUCAUGAUUCCAGGUGCUGCUUGCCAUGCCAGCUUCUACAUUGACCAAUUUCAGUUCAUCUCUCUAAUUCUCCUGCUUCUGAAGUCCGCCCAUUUUUCUUUUUCUUGAUCUCUUAAGUUUAUAUGUUGUUUCUUUUACUUUCUCCUGUUUUCGUGGAAGACACAGAAGAGACCCUUUCUUUAAAACUCCCUCUAUUUUGAUCGGAAUCAAAAGAGAACAUAAUUUUUUGUAUUUACAACGCAAUGCCAUGCCUAAGCAUUUCACUAUAGGACUGCCUUGCUAGUAUGCCCACUGCUUUGUCUUCAUGAGUUAUUAACUUCCCACCUCCACUUGGAUACUGCCUCUUAGGACCUCAGCAGAACAAUGAAGGCUGACUGACACAGGGAUGGAGUUGGUCCUGAUUUUCUUUCUUUAACCCUUCCUGUGUAUGUGUCUCCCUUAUCUAUCCCAGAAGAACUUGGACCUUAUAGAGUUAAGGAAACCACAAUGAUUGGAACUUGAGACUCUUGCUUUCUUCCCUUGGAAUUGCCCUGAUAGGGAUUGGGACCUAGUUAUAGACUGAUCUUUAUUCAAUAAUGGUGAAUUUUCAAAAAAAUUAGAUGGCAGGAGUAAAGGAAUCUGGAGUUAUCUUUGCCCUUGACUUUUUGUCGACAUCUCCUAAGAAAAUGCAGAGGGAAAGGAGGGUCUAAGUGAGACUCUGGCCUAUUUCCAAACUGUUUUGGAAACAAGAUGAAUAUAAGGGAGAAAGGCAGUGAUCCACUCACUCUUCCUUUAGGUAGGGAACUCAGAUCCUGACUUUACUAUUUCCUUUCUAGCUUUUUGUGGUUAAAGGAGGAAGAUGUGGGAAGUAGUUUUGAGUAAUGGUUUGUUCACAUUUACUUCCUUCUGUUUUUUUCCUUGUCCCCACUACCACCAUAAGGGGAAUAGCCCCCUGCCCUGGAUAGGUAUAAAGUGGGCUCAGUCCAGCAGGUGCCCUGAGGGGAUAAACUACUUUUUAGGGAAAUAAUGUCCCCUACCAUAUAGUUGACAGUGGUUAGGAACUCUCCCUUUCCCUACCUUCCUUCCCUGUAACAGCAGAAUUCCUAUUCUUCCCUCUUAAUUAAUUGUAUUGAUCACCCUGCAAUCCUGUUAUAUAUCUGAGUGUGUGUGUGUGUGUGUGUGUGUGUGUGUAUGUAUGUGUAUGUAUGGGGGAAAGGGGUUCUUUAAAAUUUCUGUGGUUUGUGGCUUUUUCUUCCAUACAUUAGUUCCCACCACCGCAUGCCCAGGGGCCACACUGCCUGGCAUUAUCGCAUGCUGGGAUCAUUGGGGAGGGUAGUGACAAACUCACCACUGUCCUUUGUUUCGGAGAUUCUUAUUUUUGCAUAAGUAAUCCAUCCUAUACAGAUAGCUGAUUAAUUCUCUGUGUUCCCUUUACCCCUAUGGCUGCUGGUGUAAAUAAUCUGCAUCUCCCCAUUGCUAAACAGUAAUAAUAAACAAAAUUUUAAAAAAUGAAAAAAAAAAGAAAGAUA